UUUCACUUCUAUGAUCCGAUCUUAACUUACAGUCUCUGCAACCGAGUGCUUCAAUCUUUUUCUUGUUGUCUUUACUAAAAAUCACAAACACUCUGCGCGGAUGGCAACAGUCACUACCACCUUCAACGCUCCAGCGCCUCCCGCCACGUCUGUGGCGCACACAAUCAAUCCAGCAUCGAGCAGACUUUUCGAGCCGUUACAGGUGGGCAAGAUGACGCUAAACCAUCGCAUUGUGUUCCCUCCUUUGACCCGAAAUCGGAAUGACGAUGACCAUACCCCGCUGCCCUUUAUGGCCAAGUAUUAUGCCGACCGUGCGUCGACGCCAGGAACACUUGUCAUUUCAGAAGCGACUGCUGUCUCCCAUCUCGAAGAGGGCCAGGAAAACACCCCGGGCUUUGUUACGGAACGUCAGGUUGCGGCUUGGAAACAUAUCAUUGACGCGGUCCAUGAGAAGGGGUCCUACUAUUUCCAGCAGAUUUGGGGAAUGGGCCGGGCCUCUCACCCAGAACUUUUAGCGAGAAAAGGCCUGAAGUACCGUUCCAGCAGCACUGUUCCGAUGGAGGGUGUUGAUGCCAUCCCCGAGGAAAUGACAGAGGAGGAAAUCUUGGAAGCCAUCCAAAGCUUUGCGGAUACUGCUAAGAGAGUCAUUGCCGCUGGGGGCGAUGGGGUAGAGGUUCACUGCGCCCAUGGCUACCUUCUUGAUCAAUUUCUCUCUGAUGCCGUCAACAAGCGCACUGACAGAUGGGGUGGAUCAACAGAGAACCGUGCAAGGCUAGUCCUGGAGGUUAUUAAGGCAGUAGUGGACGCUAUUGGUGCCGACCGAGUCGCUCUGCGACUCUCCCCCUAUGCGGCCUUUCAGCAGGCUGAGAAAAAGGACAUCCACGGACAGUACCUCUAUGUCAUUGCGCAGUUGAAAUCAACGGUGCCGCCACUGGCUUACUUGUCUCUUGUGGAAGCGACUGGGGACCCAGGAGCACUGAUCUUUGGAGGUAAAGCUGUCAACCAGGGGCAGACCUUGAACUUUAUACUAGAAGCUUGGGAUAACCGGUCUCCAGUUGUUGUAGCGGGGGGCUACCAUCCCGAGACGGCAGUCUGGGCUCUUGAAGAGCGAUACAAGAAGUGGAACACAUUAGUUGCUUUCGGUCGUCAUUUUCUGGCAAAUCCUGAUCUGGUCUUUAGAGUCCGGCAUGGGAUUGAGCUUAACAAGUAUAACCGGCCGACUUUUUAUCUACCAAAGAAUGAGGUCGGCUACAAUGAUUACGCAUUCAGCAAGGAGUAUCUGGCCGCACAACAGAAGGUAUCUCACUGAGGUUUAUGAGGUCAUUGGAUAUUAGACUAGGUGUUAUAAUGGACUGUCAUAAUCUUGAUAAGCCUCAAUAUGCUGGAUUGUUUUUGUUUUUUUUUUCUUAAUAGAGCAGUUCGUGUUCGAAAACACCUCGCUGGCUGACAGCAGCCAGUCUAUAGCACAGCGGAU